UCUUUAAAUUUCACCACAGAAUUUUGUUAAAUUCAAUGCAGUUAAAAAUAAUGCAUGCUAAUCAGUUGAUAAGAUACUGAUUGGUGGUCAUUUGUUCGGAUCAAGUUCUAUAUUGACGAUUAAGACUAUUUUGUAGUACGCAAGCUUACAGCAUCAGCUGUAGUGUGGUCAAGCUGAUAAUGGCGGAAGUUUCAAGAAACGUACCUCCUCAGCUGUCGAGGAUGAGUACAACUUCAUACUUUCCCACAAUUCCCAGAGGAGUUCCAAAAGCUGCUAUUUCAUAUUCACAGUCUGUCAAUGAAGCGCCAUAUACAGCAUUGAUGGGUGUGAUUGUGGAUGGAAGGUAUCCAGAAAGGCAUGCUGUUACACCACGAUGUAGAGUCAGGAAACAGGUUGGAGGUACCAACAGAUGGCGCUUGCCAGAUUCCCUUGGGAGUGACCUCCUUGGCAGCCGGCAAGCCAUCAAAUCUAUCAACAUGCCAUACAACUCAAAUAUGGUUAAUAUUAUAACAGCUGAGAAUCCUCAGUCAUCUUUACACCUAGAGGCUGAUAGACCUUAUGUAUUCCAUCAAGUAGUAGAUCGGCCAGUCACAGUAUCUCAAGUACCAAGUACAGCUAGCAGUAAACCAGGUUUUGGACUACUUUCCAGGGAAUCUACUGUACUUGUCCGAGCUCCUUCAAGGCUAAGGGGUCCAACACCCAGUACUUCAGGUCCAAUUAGGAAGUUUAUACCUGCUAAUGCCAGACCAGCUACACCUAAAGAUAUAUUUCUGUACCAUUCCAAAAAAAGCCAGAGUUUUAUUGGACCAGGGUACCUUGGACCUUUGUCUAAAUAUGAUGUAGUUUUAAAGUGUUUAGGAAUGGACUGGGAAUUACAUCGACCAUACUUACAGAAAUCUGAGGUUCUAUCACAGUUACUGAAACAAGCAGGAGAGCCUCACAUGCAGAAAUACUAUAGAAAUCCAGCCUCUGAAACAUUAGAUACCUACAUCAAGAAAAAUCAUGUUUACAGUAAUGAGUACAAAGAUAUAAGCAAUAGAUUAAGCAUGGUUGAAGGAGAUGAAGAAGGACCUAAGAAAUUAGAUCAUCCAGCACAUACAUCAGAGAAGAGAAUCAGUAGUGUUACAAUGAUUAAACUUGAUAUCAAAGAUCCACUCAUCACUAAAACAGCCAUGGCAGUUGCUCUAGGUAACCUUUACCAUGAUGAGUUAGACGUUGACCUUGAAGACGUAGCUAAUGUUCUAGCUGCAUCUUCACAAAUUGGCUAUAAAGCUUUACAAAAUGGAUGUGCAAGAUUAAUGCUAAAUAAUAUUUCCUAUAAAACUGUGUGUAGAUAUCAUCAUGCUUGUACAAAGUAUCAACAAGAAGAGGUUGUAAAAGCUUGUGAAAGAUGGUUAGAACUAAACUUGUUACCAGAGUUGUCAAAUCAGAUAUAUCUUAGAGAAAUCAGCAUGGAACUGUUACAGAAAAUACUCAAGUCUAAUAGGUUAUAUGUACCCAAUGAGUACACUGUAUACAGAACUUUAUCUUACUGGUUAUUCCUACAACUAAAUUCCAGUAUUCAGUUGAUGCCGUCUCAUAGUACAGUAUUAUCAUACUUCAACAGUUUACCAAAAACAGGAUCCUUCCUAGAAAGAGACGAUGGCCAAAUUUAUGGACCAUUGUUUUCAGCUGUCAGGUUACAAGGAGUUACAGAUACUAAUCAAAUUCGAGAUAUGCAGUUGAUGAACAUCUUACCACAGAGUCAGUUGAUAGAUUUAUUAACACAACAUUAUCAUGCUCUGCAAGGAGGAGGAGAUAUGUCUGCAUUAAAGCAUUUCAACACUGGAGCUAUUAGACAGGGAUUUAUUAUAGAUGAGGAACCCCAUUAUCACUCAGAAGUGUUGUCCAUACAUGGAUUUCACUUUGAAUUAAAAGCUGCUAGAAAUGCUAUAGGCCAAUUAUCUAUAUAUAUGCAGAGAUUAAAACCUGGAGACCCAAUUUUAAGUUUCCGUCAAUGUGAGCGUCACACAUUUUCAAUAAGGACAGAUCGUGAAGUUAGAUACUGUAUAAUGGUUCAAGACUCAGGGGAUGACUUAAAAACAACAGGAAUAGUAUCACAAAAGUUUGGAUUGGGUGAGAAAGUAGGGAAAAGUGAGAUAUUACAGCUGGACAAGAUUAGAACACCUCUGUAUAUAAGUUUCUGUCUCCUGUUUCCUGCAUCAUGAGACAGUUUAUGUUGACAGAUAACAGUUAUAUUAUAAUACUGAGCAUCGCUGGGUUACUGAAUUCUACAUAUGUUAUAACAUUACUAAAUUAAAUGUACUGUUGAUUUAAUAUUUAUUGUGGGGUACUCAUAUUUGUGGAUUUCAAGGGUAAAGAUGAAUCUUAAUAAGUGUUCUACGAUAUACAACUUGUGUGUAGAGAUUUUCAAACUGUAAAACCCAAUAGCACAAUUUUUUCCUUGAUUCUAUAAAAUUGCUGAUUACAAAAAAGAAAUAAAACAGUAAGAUAACAAGUCAAAUUUAGAGAAUGUUCACUCUGUCUGUGCAGAAAUUUAUUUAGUGAUAAACAAUGGUAUAAAAUCUGAAUAAAAAUUUAUGAAGGUUUAAAGUUUUAAAUUCCCCAGAGAGUGUUUUCUUGACAAGCCCCUGUUCAAACAAAACCCAAUAUUAAGAUGUUUUGGUAGUAAAAAGGGAGACAACUCUGAUGUCACCUCUUUAAAUUUAUAAUUCUGUUUGAUAAGUCUGCUUUUUGAGAAAUAUCCAUCAUUUAAAUAGAUAUGUAGGAUUUCUUUAUAUUAUAGAAUAAUUAACAAGGAUUUCCAUUCCUAUUUGAUAAGGAGGAUGACAUUAUUUUGGGGUGUGGGAUUUAAGGGGUAAAAAUUGUUGGGGAUUUGGUUGGAUCUGGGAAACAAAUUGGGAAACAUUAUCUAGAAAGUAGAUUGGGAAAUGAGCAUUCCUAUGUCACCCCCUCUUAAUUUCAAAUCUGAAGAUACAUUUAGGAACUUUUUUAAUGGCCAAGUAUGGCUGCAAAAUUAAAUUGGAUUUCAGCAUUUAAUUUAUAGACAUAUGUAGUGUGGAAUAUCAUGUGUUUUAUUUUAUACUGUGAUAAGUGACUGCCAGUUUUGCUCAAAGUGCUUGUGUGUUGUCUUUUUGCACAUUUUAAGCUGUGAUAUAACACCAUGU